CAAGGCGUGCACGCGCACUGUGUUUAGCUGUAUCGCUUGGCUACGGUUAUUCUGGGCUGAAAGAUGAGAAACCGCGGAGCUUCCCAGCUGGGAUGUUGUGGCUAGACCGCGUUGGCUUAUCUGUACCGCUAGUGUUAGGCUCAGGAGACUGUGAGAAGCCGAGGGGGAGGUGAGGUGUGUCUGAAGCGUGUAGGCUCUGCGAUGAAGAAGAUUUUUGGCUUCGGAAGUAAGAAGGGCGAGUCGCUCUUCGGCUCCUCCACCAGCCCGCGGAGAGAGAGCGGUAAUCGGGUCAACUCCCGGCCCGAGUACCACAUCCGACCCAAGGAUCUCGGGAAGGUCCACAAAGCUGCCAGCGUGGGCAACGUAGCCAAAGUGCAGCAGAUUCUGUUGCUUGGGAAGAAUGGCUUGAACGACAGGGACAAGAUGAACAGGACUGCUCUCCAUUUGGCCUGUGCCAAUGGCCAUCCGGCAGUGGUAACUCUCCUAGUGGAGAGAAAAUGCCAGCUUAACCUCUGUGACAACGAAAACAGGACAGCGCUGAUGAAGGCCAUACAAUGCCAGGAAGAGGAGUGUGCAACUAUUCUGCUGGAACAUGGUGCCGACCCAAAUGUCAUGGACGUCAGUGGCAACACUGCUCUCCACUAUGCUGCCCUUUAUCAGAAUAUAUCACUCGCAGCAAAGCUGCUUUCACAUGACGCCAACAUUGAAGCAAGCAACAAGGAGGGCUUCACACCACUUUUACUUGCUGUAAGUGAAAACAAGCAGCAAAUGGUGGAAUUUUUAGUAAAGAAAGAAGCAAAUAUACAUGUAGUUGAUAAGAUGAAAAGAACAGCCCUCAUACUUGCUGUAAACAAUGAUUCAACAAAUAUAGUCAGGCUGCUUCUUCAAGAAGGUAUUGAUGUCUUUUCUCAAGAUUUCUAUGGAAGGACCGCAGACGAAUAUGCUCGUAUUUAUGGUUUUCAUAUCAACUGCCAACUGAUUUCUGAAUAUAAAGAAGAAAAGAGACCUAAAACUCCUUCUCAAAAUAGCAACCCAGUGGUUAAGAAUUCUGAAGAAGAGUCUUUAAGCAGCCUUUCCAACAAACCUGGUGUUGAUGAUUCAUGGCCUACAUCAGAUGAUGAAGACUUAGAUUUUGAUACCAAGAAUGUCCUGAAACCAAGCUUAACAAAGCUAAUGAGUGCUUUUCAGCAAUCCAAGAAAAACAUAGAAGCAAAAUGUGGCAUCGUGAGACCAGAAGAGAGAACCUUCUUUGAGCACAAUAGUUCUGAUAGUGGAAAUGAAGAUGUGGCCAAAACCUUUCCCAAACCAUCAAUCCAGGGGGUCUCUCAUCCUGCUUUCCCAUCACCUGAACCUCUCCCAAAACCUCUCAAGUCUUUAGCAGGCCUUGGUCUUACAAAGGAAGGAGCAACAAAUCCAGAAAUUGGAGAAAAAGAAAAUGAUACUGAUAUUGAAAGCACUCCACAAGAGCAAACAGAUCAUAACAAUUUGACUUCUGUUGAUGGAGCUCAGAAAAAUAUUAGGAGUGAUAUGAUGUCAGCAUUAGGAUUAGGAGAAGAGGAAGGUAUAGAAUCACCUUGGGAUUCUGAGAGUAUCUCUGAGAGACUUCCAGAGAAUUAUGUUGAUCAUUUAUCUGGAGCUGCAGGUCAAAGAGGAAAAAACAUAUUAAAUGGACAAGUAGAAGAUGUGCCUUAUAUACCUUCUUGCAUGAGUGGAUCGAGAAACUUUAAGAUGACUAAACUAGAGGAUCCAAGAAAUGUAGGCAUACCAGUAGCCCACAUGGAUUCUCCUGAAAAAUAUCCUCACUUGAAGCCUGCAGUUGGAGUGAAAGAUUCUGUUCCUAAUAAAGCAGUAGGAAUGAAGGAUUUACAAACAGCCAGAUCAGAUAUGAUGUCAGCAUUAGGAUUAGGAGAAGAGGAAGGUAUAGAAUCACCUUGGGAUUCUGAGAGUAUCUCUGAGAGACUUCCAGAGAAUUAUGUUGAUCAUUUAUCUGGAGCUGCAGGUCAAAGAGGAAAAAACAUAUUAAAUGGACAAGUAGAAGAUGUGCCUUAUAUACCUUCUUGCAUGAGUGGAUCGAGAAACUUUAAGAUGACUAAACUAGAGGAUCCAAGAAAUGUAGGCAUACCAGUAGCCCACAUGGAUUCUCCUGAAAAAUAUCCUCACUUGAAGCCUGCAGUUGGAGUGAAAGAUUCUGUUCCUAAUAAAGCAGUAGGAAUGAAGGAUUUACAAACAGCCAGAUCAGAUAUGAUGUCAGCAUUAGGAUUAGGAGAAGAGGAAGGUAUAGAAUCACCUUGGGAUUCUGAGAGUAUCUCUGAGAGACUUCCAGAGAAUUAUGUUGAUCAUUUAUCUGGAGCUGCAGGUCAAAGAGGAAAAAACAUAUUAAAUGGACAAGUAGAAGAUGUGCCUUAUAUACCUUCUUGCAUGAGUGGAUCGAGAAACUUUAAGAUGACUAAACUAGAGGAUCCAAGAAAUGUAGGCAUACCAGUAGCCCACAUGGAUUCUCCUGAAAAAUAUCCUCACUUGAAGCCUGCAGUUGGAGUGAAAGAUUCUGUUCCUAAUAAAGCAGUAGGAAUGAAGGAUUUACAAACAGCCAGAUCAGAUUUGUCAGCAGAACUAGACUUAGAAGUAACAUCGGAGGAAGCACAAGAAAGGCUUAAUGGAAAUGAAAAUAACCACUCACAGGUUGAAGAAGCAAAGAAGAAGCACAAAAGUAGUGAAAUGGAAGUAUCAGAAAACAUAUAUGAUGCUGAUGAUAGUGGAUUAAUUCAACAGAGAAAGAGCAGAAAAACUAAUAACCAACAGUUUCCUACCAUGGAGAAUGAAGAUUCUGAUAGGGCUACAAAGGAAACAUCUAAUGAAAAGAACAAGGUCAAAGAGCAAAUUAAUUCUAUGAAUGACCUUGAUGACUUAACUCAGUCAUCUGAAACAGCUUUUGAAGAUUGCCAGAUGCUUUACUCUAAUUAUAAGAAUUUCAUGUUGCUAAUAGAACAACUUGGCAUGGAGUGUAAAGGUGGGUUCCUGACCACUGCGCCACCAGUGAAGUCCCUGACAAUCUGCUUUUUAAUUGAGGUGUUCAGACCAUUUUCACUUAAUGUGAUUAUUGAUACAGUAGACUCUGUUAGCUUAUUGAAAAUUCGGGAUGCAGUUCUUUCAUAUGAAAGAUUAAUAGAACUUAAAAAAGAUCACUGUGAACUACUUACAGAAAAAAAUAAAAAAAUGGAAAGUAAGGUUACUGGGCUACCAAAGGAGCUAUCAGAAACAAAAGAAAUGAAAUCACAGAUAGAGCAUCAAAAAGUGGAGUGGGAACAAGAGCUCUGCAGCUUGAGAUUCACCCUAAAACAAGAAAAAAAGAAGAGAAGAAAUGCUGACAGGUUAUAUGAAAAAAUUAGGGAGCAGUUAAGAAGAAAAGAAGAGCAAUACAGUAAAGAAGUUGAAAUGAAACAACAACUUGAACUCACUCUCAGAGCACUAGACAUGGAACUGAGGACUGUGAGAAAUAAUCUGAAUCAGGUUGUAGAAGAGCGAAAUGACGCUCAGAGGCAGCUUUCUCGAGAGCAGAAUGCCAAAGUUUUACAAGAUGGGAUCCUGACCAGUCACCUUGCCAAACAAAAGGAGAUAGAAAUGACUAAUAAGGAAAUGAAUUCUGAGGUGUCCGAUAGCCCUAAAAAAGAGAAAGAUCUGUUACAUAAAAACCACAUGUUGCAGGAUGAAGUUGCCAUGCUAAGACUGGAAAUCGACACAAUAAAAUGUCAGAACCAGGAAAAGGAAAAGAAAUAUUUUGAGGACAUUGAAAUUGUAAAAGAAAAGAAUGAUGAUCUUCAAAAGACAAUAAAACUGAAUGAGGAAACAUUAACAAAGACAAUAUUCCAAUAUACUGGACAGCUUAAUGUUCUGACAGCUGAGAAUACAAUGCUAAUCUCUAAGCUGGAGAAUGAAAAACAAAGCAAAGACAGACAGGAAGCAGAAGUGGAAUCCGACCGUUCUAGACUGGCUGCUACCAUACAUGAUCACCAUCAAAGUCAGACAUCAAAAAGAGACCUGGAACUUGCCUUCCAGAGACCAAGAGAUGAGUGGUUACGCUUGCAGGACAAAAUGAAUUUUGAUGUGUCUAACCUGAAAGAUAACAAUGAGAUGCUUUCCCAGCAACUUUCUAAAGCUGAAAGUAAAUUCAGUAGCCUAAAAAGCAAGCUCCAUCACACGAGGGUUGCUCUCAGAGAAAAGACUUUGGUGUUAGAACGUGUACAGAGAGACCUAAGCCAAGCACAGUGUGAAAAGAAGGAACUUGAACACAUGUAUCAAAGCAAACAAGGCAAAGUGAAUAAAUACAUUGGAAAGCAGGAAUCCUUAGAAGAGAGAUUAUCUCAACUCCAGAGUGAAAACAUAUUGCUCAGACAGCAACUGGAUGAUGCGCAAAACAAAGCUGACAGUAGAGAGAAGACAGUAAUUAACAUCCAAGACCAGUUUCAGGAGAUUGUGAAAAAACUUCAAGCUGAAAGUGAAAAACAAGGUCUGAUGCUGGAGGAAAGGAACAAGGAGUUAAUCAAUGAAUGUAAUCAUUUAAAAGAGAGAAUGUAUCAGUAUGAAAAUGAGAAAACAGAAAGAGAAGCACUUGUGAGACAACUUCAACAAGAACUGGCUGAUACCCUAAUAAAGCAAUCUAUGUCAGAGGCUUCACUGGAGGCCACGUCACGUUAUCGUACUAAUUUAGAAGAUGAUGCACAGGAUUUAAAGAAAAAAUUACGUCAAGUCACAAGUCAGUUGCAAGAAGCACAGGAUCGAUGUACAGAGGCCAUGAGAUGUGCUGAGAAGACGCAGGAUCACAUCCAAAAGCUUGAAAUUGAAAAUGCCGAGUUAAAAGCUACAGUCAAAAAGCAAGCGGACAAAAUUGAAGAGCUUCAGAAAAACCUGUUAAGUACAAGUUCAGAUGAAAAGGAGCAAUUAAAGAAAUAUAUUGAGCUAAAACAGUCUCUGGAAUAUAGUUUGGAUCGAGUAAUGAAGAAAAAUACUGAAUUAGAAAAAGAGAUUACUGGACUUAAGAAACUCUUAAAAAUGGCAAGAAGGAAGUUAAAUGAAUAUGAAAAUGGAGAGCUUAGUUUCCAUGGAGAUUUAAAAACCAGUCAAAGUGAAAUGGAUAUUCAGAUUAAUAUGCUAAAACAUAAGACACAAGCAGCAUGUCAAGAAAACUUAGAGCAGUUAAGAGAGAAUCAUAAUGCUUCAAUAAGAAGUCCAAUGGAACUCAGAAUUAAAGAUCUGGAAUCUGAACUCUCCAAAAUGAAAACUUUUCAAGAAGAUUCUACUAAAGCAGAGUUGGAAAAAUAUAAGCAACUCUACCUCGAAGAACUAAAAGUUAGAAAGUCAUUGGCAAAUAUACUAAAGAAGACUAAUAAGAAGCUGGCAAAGGUCAGUACUAAACUACUGGUGGAGAAAGAGCAGAACAGAUCUUUACUCAGCACUCUUACUACGAGGCCAGUCCUGAAGCCACCUUGUGUAGGAAAUAUUAAUAAUCGUUUAGUGCUCAAUAGAUAUCUUACUCCAGGAGAAAACUUAGGGAUUUCUACCUCAAGUUGGCGCCCUUCACAUGAGAGCAUGGAGAUUUACUGGACCAAGAUGUGGCCGGAGAUGGAAAAAAAUAUAACUAGAGUACUAGAAAAAGCUGCUGCUGUUGAAUCAGCAUGCUAUAGAGCUUCUCAUCUAGGAGCUACUGAUGAGUCAAAUCUAAAUCAAGAUCUAGUUUUGAAAACAUCACGAGAAUAUGUACAGAUUUUGAAGAAAGAUUAUAUGAUCUAAAAGAUAAAUAGUAAAAAUUUCCCUCCUGGGUUGUUUGCAUAACAUUUUAGUUGUUUCCCAUUAAACAUGACGUGAAAAUCUGGAUUAAAGGAAAAUAUUCUUGUAUUAUAUGUGUAUGAUGAAAAUUUAUAUAGUAUUUUAAACCAUGUUUCUCUGCAUCUAAGUUACUUUUAAUCAGAUUUUGUGAAUCAAAACACUGUUGAGUUUUACAUACUCAAACUGAGCCUUGAUACCAGCACCCAGACAACCAAACUUGUCAUUAAUAUAUAGUGGUGUUGAUUGAUAGCUUUUUUCUAUUUCCAAUUUUAUCACGAUAUACAGACCUAAAGAUUUAGACAGACAUCAUUUGGAUAUACUGCUGCUAUGGCUAUUGUCAAUGUUUUGGGGUUUUUUUAAUAUUAUUUAUUUUUGAGUGUGUUGAGUCUUCGUUGCUGCAUGCGGACUUUCUCUAGUUGCGGCGAGCGGGGGCUAUGGGCUUCUCAUCGUGGUGGCUUCUCUUGUUGCGG